CGAGCCUGCGCGCCCACAAUCGCAAAUCCUCCCAAACAACUUCACCUCCUGCUUCCUGUUCUUUCUGCCGUGGCAGCGUGCCACUGAGCUUUGAUCGCUAUCCGAUACAAUAAGAUUGCUGCUGAAGUAAGCGUCUGAGUCGGAAUUUGUCGGAGGCGGAUCGUGCGCUGUGGUCUCUUGUUCAAACCUCCACUGCACGUUUUAAGACGAGCCAACCGCGUUGAGCCAAAAAGGUCACUGGAUCUUAUCCAUUUGCCGCGAACCAGGACCAGCCUAUCCAGCAGAUACGGUUAGAGUACAAGAUGGACGCUGAGGGCAAGCUCUGUUUCAUGGACGCGAAGGAGUUUCGCAAAGUCUUCGACAUUAAGUCGCGCUCGAAGAACCAGCCAAACAGCUCUGACAAGAAGCCAAUCCUCCGCGACAUGUUCAAGAACGUAUAUACUCCUGGGCUUCCCCAGGAAGCCGGUGGCACGACAGUCAAACGGAGCUGGACAGAGAGGCAGAUGUAUCGAGCAUUCAUUAACGUGGUAGCAAAGAACAAGCUCUGUCCGGAAUACAAGUUUACAUUGUCGGCGAACAAGGGCGACAAGGACGACCCGACGAAGCAGAGAGUCGACGUGGCGAUGUUCAAGGGGAAGGCCCCGAAAGACGGCGCGCCACACUGGGAUGAACAAGCGCUGUGGGUCGAGUUCAAGAGAGACGAUGUCGCUGAUCCAUUCAAAGGCAACACGCUGGCGCCCAAGAGCACGAAACGUGAGGACACAUGGGCGCAGCUCAUCACGUACGCGGCGAGAAUCUUCGAGACCCAACACCGGACCCAUCUUUAUUCCGUUCUCAUUUGCGGUCCGACCGCCUACAUCAUGCGCUGGGACCGGUCGGGUGUGAUCGUGACGGAGGGCUUCAACUACAUCAAGGAAGAUGAGCUGCUUGCCGAUUUCCUCUCCUCAUUCGUGUGCAUGAGUCCUGCACAGCAAGGCUACGACACCACCGUUGAGCCAGUCGAGCCGGGCUCCGCCGAUUACAAGGCGAUGGACAACGCGGUCGAAACAUGCAAGGACACGUUGGACUAUGUGAAGGGUUACUUCAAAGCGUCGUUGGUGGGUGGCGCUCGGCGGUGGCGGGUGAGGGUGGAAGGAUAUGAGCAGCCUUUCCUCAUCGGCAACCCUCAUUUCAGAUCGUGGGGGGUGUUUGGCCGCGGCACGAAGGGCUUCGUCGCCUACGAGGCUAAGAAGGAAAAGUUCUUCUGGCUGAAGGAUACGUGGCGCAUCGACCUGGACGGUAUGGAGAAGGAGGGCAAGAUCAUCCUAGAGCUGGAGGAGGCGGGUGUGGAGAAUAUCCCGACUGUGGUCUGCCACGAAGAUGUCUUGCAUGAGAUCAAUGGUGAACGCAUUGCACAGUCCACACUCGCACACGAGUACCUCAGGAAAGCGCACCAGGAGGCACGCAAGGAGCGGAAGGCGAAGACAGUCGAGACAAAGAGACGGUUGGGGCGGGCAGCCGCAGGAAACAAGGCCAAACGCAGCUCGAAGCAGCCCCACAGUGAGGCGAAAAAGAGCAAGGGUCGGAAGCAAGCAAAUGAAGCGAGUUCGACGGGUUCAGGAACGAGUGUCAUCGACGGGUCCGCGCGAAGCGACGAGCAAGAACGCGUUGUUGGACAGUCCAGCGAUGGCGAUGGUGAGGAGAACGGAGCGAGUACGUCAGGCGCUACUCGGGCACAGCAACAAGCACGAUCGGGUUCGCCACAUGCCGAUGAAGCCGCAAAUGACGGGGAUUCGACAGUGGAGGAAGCGGCUCAGUCGCCUAUUACCGGGCAGGAAGCAGCUCAUCCGUUCACGUCCAAAGAUGACGUCUCGCAGCAUUCGACCCCUGCGAAGGGAUUGGUCGAGUCUCCGGCGAUUGAACAGCCACAGGCACAGUCUAGCUCAUUGACGAGUGAAGACGGAGGCACCGGUGGUCAGAAUUUGAGCAACGUCGCAAGUUCCUCGUCUCAAAAACAAAUAUCCGCUGAAGACGAGGAUCCCGAUACUACUCCGGUUGGCGCAGAGCCACUGCUGAGAUCGUAUACGCACUACCGGCUUGUCGAGGAAGAAGUCGGCAUGCGUCUUGAAGAGUUUGACAACGGUUUUCAGCUGACCACCACCGUCACUGAUGCCCUCGAAGCACAUUCGCAGGCGGUGUCGAAAGCCAGCCGUAUUCACCGGGAUGUCAGUCCAAACAAUAUCGUCGUCAUCUUUUACAAGACAGCCACCGAGGGGAAGUUCCUUAGACGGGGUAUUCUCUGCGACUGGGAGUUCUCAAAGCGAAUUGAGGAUGACCCAACAUUAGAACAACGAAGACAGAUCAAUCGUACCGGUACAUGGCAGUUCCAAUCUGCCAUAGUCCUCUUGCAGCCAGCCAAGUCCGUCGAGAUUGCAGAUGAGCUGGAAGCCUUCUUCUACGUUCUCCUAUAUUGCUCGCUGCGAUAUAUCCACAACACCUGCAGAGAUCUGGUUCGAUACAUGUCCAACCUCUUCGAUCUCGCAGUGUUCUCCAACGACGACUACUGGUGCCCGAUUCUCAAGUAUCAUACCGUGGCCGCCGGCGAGCUGAUAUGGUUGGCCAAAGAGAUUCACUUUCUCUCUGCAGGAGUUGCCAGUGGUGGUACUGCAGACAAACAACCGCUAAAUGCUAUCUUCUCCACGCUGUUGAACUGGUUUAAGGCACGGUACGUUGUCGCGGAAGCCGACGGCACAUUAGCUCCACCGGAGUAUCUGAUACGUGCUGCCCACGACGAGCUGGUUGCUUCGCAGACCUCUGCACGUGAUAGCGAUGUGGAAGAGAGCGAGGAGGAUGACGAGACAUCACAGCUGCAGACGUUGUUUGGGCGAAAGGUAGGUCAGAGAGACCUCUUCGCCGAUGAUCAUGUGGAGCAGGAACAGCUCGAUGAUGCAACAUCCGUCGUGGAACGGAAACGGGCGGUCAACCUAGAGUCGCACGACCCCAUGUUGAAUCUGCUUGCGAGGGCUAUCUCCAAGCAGAAAUGGCCCGCCAAGGACGGAGCGGGCGACCAACUACCAGGUCACACCCACGGGAAGAUUCUGCAGGCCGAUGAUCCGGACGCCAUUGCUACGCGCACUCGUCAGCGGAAGCGCAAUGCCAACGCGAGCAUCGACGAGAACGGCUCUAAUGACAUCGACGAACGUCCGGCUAAACGUCAAAGGAAAAUCCCCGCUCUACAGUUGAAUCGCGCAUCGGCUUCUCGCGGCACCAAGCGCGGAGCUUCAGACGACGACAACUCUGACGGUCCUUUCAAACCGCCAGCGAAACGCGUCCGGACGUUGCGCACCGCUGCUCCGGCGAGCCAGUUGCACGUUGCGCCAGCCGCGUCGGGAUCUAGCACCAGCCGCCCUCGUCCCGCAUCGAAGCCUUCAUCGCGGACUCGCAAGACUGAUAUAUCCAUGUCACCUCCCCUUGUACCGGCUCCCAGUCGUGGCAGCGCGAAUGCUCCGGUCGCGUCUGGCUCUCGUCCGAGUCGCUCGCGCGCCGCCCAAGACCAAUCGUCUACCGAUGAGGCUGCUGAUGGGGCCAUUAAUGUUGGCACAAGGAGGUCCGGGCGAUUGUCAGCGAAGGACAAGGGUAAGGCGCGGGCAUAUUAGUUGCCUUACCUAGUUUGUAGUAUCGUUUGGCUCGGAACCUGAUGGAGUUUAUGGUUGUACGUACGCUCACCGCUAUUUAGCCCACAUGUAUGCUAUUUGUCGCUCAUCAUCGUCUACUUAUCACAAUUGUAGCAAUAGAAGGUAUCUGUCACGGACUGUUGCACGGAUCGGAUGUUCACUCACGGCUACAAUGUCAAUUCCGUAGAUUCUGCUGAAUGGUUCUAAACUUGUAUCGUUGUUGCAACAAUAGAUUCUAGUUCAUCAUGAGACU